GCGUACUGCGUAGCGGAGGCCAUGUUAAAGUUUAGUGAAGACUGGACGUGAUUCUCUAACGCCCUGUGUUUCUGCGUUCGUUUACGACAGUUUUAUAAUAUCGGCGUUUUUAAAACAAUCCGAUCCUAGGGAUCGGGCUUCGGAUGAUGAAUACCAGUCUGGACUUGUCUCGACGGAACCCGCAAGAAGAUUUUGAGCUCAUUCAGAGAAUCGGGAGUGGAACGUAUGGAGAUGUGUACAAGGCUCGAAAUGUCAGCACAGGAGAGCUGGCCGCCAUUAAAGUCAUCAAGCUGGAGCCAGGUGAGGACUUUGCCGUGGUGCAGCAGGAGAUUAUCAUGAUGAAGGACUGCAAGCACUCCAACAUUGUGGCCUACUUCGGCAGCUAUCUCAGGAGGGAAAAAUUAUGGAUCUGCAUGGAGCAUUGUGGAGGAGGAUCCCUACAGGAUAUUUACCAUGUGACGGGGCCUUUGUUAGAAUCCCAAAUUGCUUACGUGUGUCGGGAAACCCUACAGGGGUUGUACUAUCUCCACAACAAGGGCAAAAUGCACAGGGACAUAAAGGGAGCAAAUAUCCUGUUAACAGACAAUGGAUAUGUGAAACUAGCUGACUUUGGGGUCUCGGCCCAGAUCUCGGCCACCCUGGCCAAGAGGAAGUCUUUCAUCGGCACGCCCUACUGGAUGGCUCCAGAGGUGGCCGCUGUGGAGAGGAAAGGGGGUUAUAAUCAGCUGUGUGAUAUCUGGGCUGUGGGGAUCACCGCCAUCGAACUGGCUGAGCUGCAGCCUCCCAUGUUCGAGCUGCACCCAAUGAGGGCUCUGUUCCUGAUGAGUAAGAGCAAUUUUGUACCACCCAAACUGAAGGAUAAAGUGAAAUGGACCAAUAAUUUCCACCACUUUGUCAAAGUGGCCCUCACUAAAAACCCCAAGAAGCGUCCCACGGCGGAGAAAAUACUGCAGCACCCCUUCGUUUCCCAGCCUUUGAGCCGCACACUGGCCAUCGAGCUUCUGGACAAGGCCAGCAACCCAGACCACACUCCCUACAGCGACCAGGAGGACGACGACCCUGAGCCAGAGUCGCCUGUGUCAGUCCCUCAUCGGAUUCGCUCAACCAGCCGCAGCACUCGGGAGGGGAAAACUCUGUCAGAGAUCAACUUCGAUCAGGUGAAGUUUGACCCCCCCAUGAGAAAGGAGACGGAGCCCCAUCACGAAGCGGAUCUGGAGUACAACCAAGAUUCCCCAGGCCUGCUUGGUGGAAACAAGAGUCUGUUGAAGUCGGUGGAGGAGGAGUUACAGCAGAGGGGUCAUGUAACACACUUAGAGACUGGGGAGGAUGAUGAUGGUGAUGGUGAUGAUGAUGAGGAAGCCCCGCACACUACAAACACUACAAUAAAGAGACCCAAAGUGCCCCCACCACUUCCCCCUAAGCCCAAGUCUCUGUGUGCAACUCCGAAUCAUAAUGGGCCGAUCGACGAGGAGGGCGGCAGCGACGGCACCAUCAAGCGCUGCCCCCCAGUGUCCCCCUGCCCCACGCCCCCUUCUCGGCCCGCGCCCUGCGUGCCCCCCCGACCCCCGCCUCCGCGCCUGCCCCCGCACCGCCGCAGCAGCCUAGGUAAAGUGGCGUCCGACAGCAGGGAGAGCGCUCCGACUAAGACACGCGUGGGCGCCGAGCGAGGGGGAGACGAGGACACGUUUAGCUUUUGGCAGUGGCUGCAUGCUGAGGAGCAGGAGCAGGAGGAGGAGGAUGAGGAUGAGGAGCAGAGAGUGGUGAAGGAGGUGGUGGUGGUGGAGGAGGAGGAUAAGGAGGUGGAGGAGGAAGAAGACUGUAAUGGAGUCAGCCCCUCCCAACAGAAUGGAGAAAAAGAGAGGCAGUCCACCCUGCCAACUAUUCCCCUCAGAAGAGAAAAGAAAGAUGUUCCGAAACCCAUCUGUAAUGGCUUGCCCCCGACUCCUAAAGUCCAUAUGGGAGCAUGCUUCUCAAAGGUGUUCAAUGGCUGCCCUCUGAAAAUCCACUGUGCCGGUUCCUGGAUAAAUCCGGACACGAGGGAUGAGUAUUUGAUCUUCGGAGCGGAGGAAGGGAUCUACACCCUGAACUUGAACGAGCUGCAUGAGAGCUGCAUGGAGCAGUUGUUUCCACGGCGAUGCACAUGGCUGUAUGUUAUGAACAACUGUCUGCUGUCCAUAUCUGGCAAAGCCUCUCAGCUCUACUGCCAUAACUUGUCUGGUCUGUUUGAGCAAGCUCGGCAGAUGCAGAAGCUGCCUGUUGCCAUACCAACACAUAAAAUCCCAGACAAAAUCAUUCCAAGGAAAUUUACUGUGUCCAACAAGAUUCCAGACACGAAAGGGUGCCAGAAAUGCUGUGUAGUGAGGAACCCCUACACAGGUCAUAAGUACCUGUGCGGAGCCUUCCAGUCGAGUGUGAUACUGCUGGAGUGGGUGGAACCCAUGCAGAGGUUCAUGCUCAUCAAGAGUAUUGAGUUUACAUUGCCGUGUCCACUGGAGGUAUUUGAGAUGCUGGUGGUGCCCGACUACCAGUACCCACUCAUCUGCCUGGCGGUCAGCAAGGGCAGCGUACCUGACCAGGUGGUGACCUUUGGCACCAUCAACCCCAGCCUGACCACACCCACCUUCACUGAGUCAAAUACACCGCAGACCUGCGUCAUCCAUGUCACCCAGCUAGAGAGGGACACCAUCUUAGUCUGUCUGGACCGCUGUAUAAAGAUGGUGAAUUUAGAAGGCAGACUGAAGUCCAAUAGAAAGCUGUCGGCAGAGCUCACCUUUAACUUCCAGAUUGAGGCAAUAGUGUGUCUUCAGGACAGCGUUUUGGCUUUUUGGAGGCAUGGAAUGCAGGGUCGGAGUUUCAAGUCAAACGAGAUCACUCAGGAGAUCUCCGACAGCACUCGCAUCUUCAGACUGCUGGGGUCUGACAGGACGGUGAUCUUGGAGAGCCGACCCACAGACAACCCCACGGCUCACAGUAACCUGUACAUACUUGCUGGCCAUGAGAACAGCUACUGACCCCCUCACCCCACCCCAGCCCACCUCACCAACGGGACACUCUCCGUUAUCCCCAGCCAGCCUACUGAGCCCCCCCCCCCCCCCCCCCCCCCCCGACUCGCAGCGAUCGGAGCUCGCAGACGACCGUUCCAGUCCGCGGAGACCUUAACAACUCCCCGGGCCAUGCCGCCAAAAGUAUACUACACAACAGAUACAGUAUAGCUAUUCUGCAGCUACCCGACUACCACUACAUGCCCUGAUUUACACUACACUGACGCUUAGGAAGACCUACACACGGCGAUGACCCAAAGUCAAAUGCCAAGCUGAGCAAAGCGAACAACGACAACAAACUUAGACACUACAGCAAAAAUGUGAAAAAUCGCACACACUCUUCAGCUAGCUAGUUCAGCGGCAAAAAUUACAAAUACUCUUCCCAAGGCAUAGUACAACCAGACAUUAGCGACUGCCGUUGUGUAUAACACUAUGUGGGAUCCUAAGGGGGUUGCUUGUUUUCGCGUAUAUUCACUUCUCUUUUUUUUUUUUUUGUCUUUUGGCAUGCAACGCAGAAGUGCCCCGCCUUAAUUGUGAUUCCCUGAGGUGGAGUUGCUGCCUCUGCCUUGGGAGAGUGCGACUCUUUUGCCACAUGAACUAAGCGGAGCACUCCAAGUAAAAAUUCUUGUCGUAAUUGUGUAGCUCUCAGAGGGACCACACUAAAAAAAAGCAUGAGUGUCGUUAACUGUAUCAUAAUACGGUGCGCGUGCAUAUAUGAACAUACGUUUGAAAAACAGAACAAACAAAAAAAAUAAAAAAAUAACUAGCUGGUGUGAUAGCGUAGUCCUGGAGGUACAACCCCCCCGAAAAAGAACUAGCUGUUUCUAACUAGUGUAAUCUUUUACGUGGUAGCUCACUAAAGCAUGGUUGUCGUAACAUUGUAGUUCACGCUGAGAGAGAGUGAACCGGUGGCAGGUGGAGACUUUUGAGACUUUUUCUGACCCUGCUGUUCUGAGGGUCUGGCGAGGGUGAAGACGGCUACGGGUGUCUCUGUUUUCACGUCCGUAUGUCGGAGCCCGGUCCUGACACAGUCGCAGUUGGCUACACAGGGCGUGGUUGUAACUGUUUACUGACGCAGUUAGCAUUCAUAGAAGCGAUGGACGCCUGGUGUCACAACAUGUCCUCCGUGAUCUUGUCAUGUUUGUCUUUACCCAUCGAAAAAAAAAAAGGUUCUGUUUCGUUUUUUGUCAUUAGAUGCACAAACUACAGUGGAGUACCCCUAAUUUAUCUUAUGUAGUAAGAAAGAAAAGUCACCUUGAGACAUCUUUUAAGACAGUUUAAUUGUCGAAGUCAGAGGUCUCGAUUUGCUUUUAUACUUUAUUCAAAUUUUUACUUUCACUUUCAUUUUUUAUUAAUCGAAAGCCAUUUGUCACCUUGUCUGUGUUUUUAAUGCUUGUUUAAUCACUGGUGUUAAAAAUUUGCACAAAAAAGGUUUCUUUGAAAUGUGAGCAUGUCCGUGUGUCUGUGUGCGUGUUUGUGUGCGUGUUUGUGUGCCGGUGUGUGUGCUUGUAUGUGUGCGUGCGUGUGUGUGUGUGUGUGUGUGUGUGUGUGUGUGUGUCUACACCUAUAUGCAACACUUGCAGACAUACUGUACUCAAGUAUGGAUCUCCUCACAUUGUGUGUAUGAAUACUCUCACCAGUUCCAUGUGGUCAUCAGAAAGCUGUGACUUGGAAGCUAGUUGUUCACAUUUCUGUUACUGAAAAGCAAACCAUGACAGUGAAGGUGACUUUAAUUAGCUUUCGUCAUGGUUAUUGAUUCACUUUACACUUAACACAAAUCAGCAUCUUUAGCCAAAAUGCUGUUUAACUUAUUUCAAUGCAUUAUCCAACCAUGUAAAACACUAAAGCAUUCCUUUGAAAUCAGUAGCUUGAGUAUAUAAAUAUUACACUAAGGUGUAAUGCCAAACUCUAUUCAUUUGAUUCAUGGCCAAAAUUUCCUGGGUGUUGCUACCUCGUGUGGAAAGCAAAGAGUGAAAUAGGUGUUGAUUGAGUCGAUGAGAUUCAUAUCGCUCUGGAUGUCCACCAUCAGAUGUUCAAUAAUUGUGAUCAAAGUAGAUCAAACUACAUCACCACAUUUAACCGUUUUAUAUUGCAAUGCAUAUGACCUUGUACAUAGUGUAAGAUAAAAAUCAGUUUUACAGACUGUAUAAUUGCCUCUAUUUUGUUUCCAAUGUGAAACAGAUUUAUGAAACAACCUAACUCAUUAAAAGACAGAAGUGAAA